AUGGGUCGUAAAAAGGCUGUAGCAGACGACCUUCUAGCCGACAUCCCCAACAUCGUCACCGUACAAUCUUCACCAUCGCAAUCUCAGCCAAAGCCAAAGCCAAAAAGGCUGAAGAAAACCCAAGCAAAGGCAACUGCCAAUGCAGCUAGAAAAGCUCAAGACGAGGCCAGAGAGAAGGCAGGAGUUGCUGAGGUCAUUGCUAAGGUCCUUGAAGCUGAGAAGAAAAAGGCUGAAGCAAAGACUGCCAAAGCACAAGCCGAGCUCAUUGUUGUAUUGGCCACAAAGGACGCCGAGAUCAAAGCUGCAGACAAGAAAGCAUACACCAAGGGGGCAGCCGACGUCCGCGAGGACUGUAAGAAGCAAGAUGAGGGGGACAAGGUCUCAAAAGAAGAUGCCUCCUACAGGAAGACAAUAUCCGACGCGCCUAUCGUCGAGAAGAACAUCGACCAGACUCUUGAAGAGAUUGAUGCUGAGCUCGCGGCUGAGAAGGCUGCCGAGAAGAGUUCCCAUAUGUCUUCUAAGAACCAAACCCUUCCAGCUGAUGACGCCGAAUAG